AGGAGGAGAAGGACGAAAGAAACUUGCUUGGGAGGCUGGUAACGAGAAGCCAGCAACAGGAGGAGGAGGAGGAGGAGGAGGAGGAGGAAGAGGAGGAAGAAGAGGAGGGGGAUAAAAAGGUGUGUGUGUGUUCGCGUGGGUAUCGAAAGGGAAGGCUGAGAGGGAGAAGGGACGUUGAAGUGAGGAGAAGGGACGUUGAUAUGAGAAGAAGGGACGUUGAAAUGAGGGAAAAGGAUGUUGAAGUGACGAGAAGCGACGUUGAAAUGAGAAGAAGGGACAUUGAAGUGACAAGAAGGGACGUUGAAAUGAGGAAAAAGGACGUUGAAGUGACGAGAAGCGACGUUGAAAUGAGAAGAAGGGACAUUGAAGUGACAAGAAGGGACGCUGAAAUGAGGAGAAAGGACGUUGAACUGAGAAGGGACGUUGAAAUGAAGAGAAGGGACGUCGAGAUGAGACUCUGUGGCGUGGAGGUGUGGUACUGUAGCGGACAAGACAGUUUUAGUGAAUGUGGAAGACUCCCAAACCGUGUCACACCACCACCACAACCACCACCACCAACAGCCAUCCUUCUGAGACUCGAAUCAUCAACACCACUAGCAUCACCAUCACCAACACCACCCACAUCACCAGAGGAGCUACUACAAAACAGGCUAGCACUACCACCGUCCACCACUGACACCACCACGAGACUCCCACACCCACACCAUCCCCACCACAACCACGACCACUCCCAACAGCCCAGCUUGCCCUCAACACCGUCCCUUCGCUACACCAGGCUGGGUAAUGGGCGGGUGGGCGUGUGUGUGUGGGUGUUGGUGGUGCUGGCGGUGUGGGCGGCGUGGACUAGAGAGUGUCACGCUGAUCAGUACUCACCACAAGAAGAGUUACCUGCCGCCGCCUACACCGCCACCUCCAGCGCUCUCUGUCCGCCAGCGAAAGACUCCACUGAAAAAAUCUGCAGCAGCAUGGACCUGAGGAACAAGGUGGAGGCGCUGCUCAGACUGUGUCACUGCACCGUCAUCGAGGGCUACCUACACUUCGUCCUGCAGGAUAAGAACGACAGCCUCUCCGUCGCCGAGCUGAGCCGCUACAGCUUCCCGGCGCUGCAAGAGAUCACGGAACACCUGCUUGUGUACCGCGUGGCCAGCCUCACCUCCCUCGGCAGGCUCUUCCCCAACCUGGCCGUCAUAAGAGGGGAGAUGCUCUUCUACAACUACGCCCUCGUCAUCUACGACAACGAGAACCUGGAGGAAGUCGGCCUGUCCUCGCUCACGUCCAUACUCAGAGGCUCGGUGCGGAUAGAGAGGAACCCGAAGCUGUGUUACGUAAGAACUAUCGACUGGUCUCGCAUCACCUCAAGACCGCUCACCGAAAACUACAUCAACAGGAACAGACCAGAGGCGGAGUGUCAGUCCUGCCCUGCCGACAUGGGGUGCCCCUCCUCUACGCCCUGCGGCCCGGGUGGAUGCUGGGGCCCUGGAGCCUGCCAAACCCUGUGCAGGAAGGAGUGCUUGGGCGGGUGCGUCGCGGGGGAGUGCUGUCACGAGGAGUGUGUCGGCGGCUGUCACGCGCCCGGCGACCCGACGAAGUGCUACGCGUGCAAACACUACUGGGACGAGAUGGCGGGCCGCUGCUCCCCGCACUGCCCGCCGCCGAAGAUCAAGGUGUCAAGCCACAGGUGUGAGGUGGUGUCCGCGUGUCCCCCCGGUCGCGCCCUGCUGCCGGCCACGAGGGAGUGUGUCUGGGACUGUCCCGCCGGUUACUGGAACAAGACUGGCGGCGGGAGAGGGAGUCUGUGUUACCCUUGUGCUGGCGGCUCGCAGGAGUGUCCGCGAAGGUGUCCAGGCACGACCGUCAGCAGCGUGGGUCAGGCACAGAAACUAAAGGGCUGCACGCUGAUCGAGGGACAGCUGACGAUAGUGACGGGCGGAGGAGAGAACGUUCAGAGGGAGCUGGAGGAGAGCCUGAGAAGCAUCACGGAGGUUCAGAACUUUGUGAAGGUAUUCCGCUCCAACCUCACGUCCUUGGCCUUCCUCUCCUCCCUCACACGCGUCGGCGGCAACGAGCGGCACUACAGCGAUUACUCGCUCGUGAUCGUCGACAACUCAAACCUUCAGGAGCUGUGGGACGCGUCAGGCCUGAAGAUCGCGCAGGGCAAGAUCAUGGUGCAUAACAACCCUAAGCUGUGUCUCCACCGCGUCCACACUCUGGCCAACCAAACAGGCCUCACCGAACUCUCUGAGACCGACGUGAGCCCGACUUCCAACGGAGAUAAAGUUCCCUGCAACAUCACACAUCUGCAAGCCAACGUCAGCACCUCGCCGCUCUACGGGACUCUGACGGUGAGGGUGAAGACGGCUCAGCUUCCCGGCGUGAGCGUGUACUACGUGAGUUACAUGAAGACAGACGCCAACAUCUCCUUGUAUGACAGCGACCAGCCGUGCAGCGAGCAAGGAUGGGCGACGAUGGAGAUGUCAAUAGUGAACGACACCAAAGACGAAGCAGAAGAAGGCGAAGGAGGAGGAGGAGGAGAAGUAGAAGACGAGGACGACGAAGGAGAUACAACACACUAUGACUUCGAGGGCUUUAGCAGAGGAACUAAAAAAGGACGCGGAGGAGGAGGAAGAGCACGCCGAAGACACGAGGAAGGAAGAAGAGCAAGAAUACGAGAGGGGAGAAGAGGGAGGAGAACACUGUGGAAUAGGGACGUUAUUUCAGGGACUUUGGUGAACCUGGAACCAAACACUCGCUACGCUGUGUUCGUGAAGACCGUCUCCUUGGACUCGAGUACCCGUGGAGCGCAGUCUGAGGUCAUGUACGCCACUACGAGUCCUUACAACCCGUCGGAGCCUGAGCGCGUCAAGUGGUCGUCCCCUAACAGCUCCAGCCUCCGCGUGUGGUGGCAGCCCCCCAGACACCCUAACGGCGUGAUCGACCACUACCUCGUCACUCUCGUGCUGCUGCUGGACGUGCCGAAGAUCCCCGAGAGCCUCAACUUCUGCGAGGAGCAAGAGCAACGUUAUAUCGACAAGAAACUCCGCUCGGGGCCAAUCGUGAGUCCAAUGACGUACGUAGACGACGAGGAGGACGAGGAUGACGAGGAAGAGAAGAUAGAUACUGACGUGGACGCAGAGGAGGUAGAGGAGGAUGAGGAGGAGGAUGGGGAUGAAGAGGAGGGUGAAGAAGAGGUGCAUGGCAGAAAGGACAGGGAUAAGGAAGGAAGGAGAAGCAGGAAUGGGACGAGGCUUGGAGAAGGGAGGGACGAGAUCGAGUAUUCGUGUCCAGUCUCGCAAAACGUGGCAUCGAGCUCUUCCAAGUGCUGCCCGUGUUCCGACUCCUCGCCCUCCUCCUCCUCCUCCUCGUCGUCCCUCCUUUCCUCGUCUUCGUCUUCAACAUCGUCGUCAUCGUUGUCAAAGGGCGACGGUGAUGUACUAACGCAGAUCGCCUUUGAGGAUUACGUCAUGGAUAGCGUCUACGUUAAAAAGGCGGGGAGAGGCGCGAAGAGGAGAAGACGGCGGAGGCGAAGGGUUGGGGUGACGCUACACGACUGGGAGAGGACCAACACGCACCUCCAACCCACCUCCGUAACUCCUAAACUCCCCUCCAAAGACUUCAUCCUCGAAACUUUAACCUCGCGGGGGAUUCGACGCGCUCAAGGGAAUCUAAUCGUGGCCGCAAGACGUUCAGGUGCUGAUGAGGAGCUACCUGGCGUGCGAAAGAGCUUAGAGAAGCUUUUACUACAGCAGGGCGAGGAGGAGGACUUUCCAUUAUAUUCUGCGGAGUCUGUGCACGAGUUUCCGAGUCAGGGAGGCAUCCGGGCUGACUAUCAACUGCACGAGGAGAACCUGGAGAAAUUCAACGUCGUCCUCCCUCGUCUUGGCUCCGUGUUGCAAUACCAGGUGAGGAGCACGAGCAAUCAACACAUCACGCUCCACAACCUCCUCCACUUCUCCCUCUACUCCGUCAGCAUCGUGGCGUGUCAAGCCCCGAUCGCCGUCUACGACAACGUGACGGUGAAGCUGUGCUCGCCACACCCCGCCGAGACAGCCGCCUACACGAAGCCAAGCGCCUCAGUCGAUCAAAUUCCUCAAGGGUCCCUGCAAGUGUUCCUCAAUGAUACCAGCAGCUCCGUCUCUCUCACGUGGGCCGCCCCGGAGAGCCCCAACGGCGGAGUGCUGGCCUACGUUCUUCAGCUACAGGGGCCCCUUCGGGAGGAACACUGCUUCACCCACAAGGCGUUCGAGGCAGCGGGAGGGCGCGUCGAGCUGCACAACCUCCACCCAGGAAACUACUCAGCCUCCGUCAGCGUCAGGUCCAAGGCGAAAUUCGGGCCGCCCUCUGAGCCUGUCUUCUUCAAUAUCUCGCACGGGGCAGCUCCUCCCAGCGGCCCCGCCCUCAGAGUCGACCAGUGGGUGCUGCUGAGUUUGCUGGGGGUGGCGGUCGGGGGCCUUACGUUUUGGGGCUGGCUUCGUUACUACAGUCGCAACAAGAUCCCCGACAGACUAGUGGUGGAGGAAAACCCGCACUACCGAAGGGGAUUCGAACCAGCUAAGAAGUUCCAGGAGAAAUUCAUCUUCGGGCGAGAGGACGUGAAGGUGCUACACAAUAAGCCGCUCGGGAAAGGGUUCUUCGGGAAGGUGUUCGAGGGCGAGCUGACGCUGAGCGGGACGACGACGCGCGUGGCGGUGAAGACCCAUACGGAAAGGGCGAGCGAGGACUGCAUCGAGAAGUUCUUGGACGAGGCCGCGGUGAUGCAGAAUAUCGUUUGCCAUCACGUGGUUCGCCUCCUGGGGGUCGUGGGUGACUACCGGCCCGUCUACGUGGUGAUGGAACUCAUGCAGGAAGGCGAUCUACAGAGCUACCUUCGCCGCCACUCCCGCCGCCAUGUGUCCGACCAGAGACUCAUCGAAAUGGCAGUGCAGGCGGCUGAUGGCAUGGCGUACCUCGAGGCUAAGAGGCUGGUACACCGAGACCUCGCCGCCCGCAACUGUCUGCUCGACCAAAACCUGACGCUGAAGAUCGGGGACUUCGGCCUCUCGCGCACCCUAACCUCGAACUACUACAGGAAAGAGGGCCAAGGGAUGCUGCCCGUGAAGUGGAUGGCGCCGGAGAGCCUCGAGGAUAACGUGUACAAUACCCAGAGUGACAUGUGGAGCUACGGCGUCUUGCUGUGGGAGAUGGCCAAGCGGGGACUCACGCCGUAUAAGAAUCACACCAACGAGGAGGUCAUCAGGCUUGUGGUGGACGAGCGGGUCACGUUGGAUCGGCCGAAGGAUUGCCCGCUUGCCUUCCGUCGUCUCAUGCACCGAUGUUGGAGUUACGAGCCGAGGCAGCGACCAACCUUCCUCGUCGUCACUAAGUUUCUGCUCAAGUACACGUCCACGGCCUUUCAAGAGAAGUUCGAGCAAGUCUCCUUCUACCACAGCCGUCACAGCGACUACUCCAGGUACAGGCCGGAGCCGGGCGCCGUAGGGGAGGGCUUCAUGAGCUGCGCCGUCAACGACACCGACAACGAUAACUCGGACGACAUCAGGCUCAUGUCGUCCUCGGAGGAGAGUGAUGGAGAAUCACUAGGCGAAAUAAAGCUUCGUCUCAGAGAGUUCCCGGGUAACCAUUGCUUCGCGCGGGCGUCCCCAACCGAGGCCAGGGGCGGCACGUCGGCGGCUCUGGUGGGCGUGGGCAGGCCGGGGUUCCAAAGGGUGGCGGAGUGCAUGCCGGGCCCGUCGGAGCAGAGGAGCAGCGAGGCACCGUCCUAUCUUCACUUCUACACGAACAUCAGCCCCGACGCGCCCCUCCUCGGCCAGGUGUUGUGGGGCUCCAGCCAGAAUCCUGUUACCCUGCACGAGGCGAAUGGGACUAACCGCGAUGUGUCCUAUGUCCAGCUGGCUCUCAGUACCCCCAGCACCCCGGCCAGUGGGGGGAAGACGCCGCUACGUACGCCGGCGUCCACACCUCACUCGCCAUUCCUCCACCCACACACAGCCUCCGUCCCGUCGCCCUCAUCUCCUGCUACGUCGGGUUUCCUGCCACAGUCUCUUCCGUCACACAGCCAAGGUUCUGUAUCGUCACGAACCUCCUCUCAGAACGACCUCUCUGCCACGUCUCCCACCGCCAGGCUCUCGAUACCGUUUUACUCCAACUUGACGAGGUCACUGUCUACCAUCGUCUCAAAGUCAUCGAAUGAGGCGGACUCACAUCAGCCGUUCCGGGGACUCGCCACCGGACCUCACGGCCUCAGUGCCACCGGAAGCACGUUCACGGUGCCAUCAAAGUGGUUCUCGUACACUGAGAGUCGAAGCACAACUCUGCCCACGUCCGCCUCAACUUGUAGCAUUCCCGCGAAGCCUUCCAGAAAAACCCAACACGUCGUUCUCAUCCAAAGUAGUUUCAGCCCCGCCCGCUAUGCAACGCCGGUCCCCUCCGAGGCCUCCAAAGCCUUCAGCGAGGAGUCAAUAAUCUCUCUUCCCUCCAGCACCUCCCAAGAGGCCCCACACACCUAUUCCAGCAACUCGGAGGUGGAGGGCACUUUGCCAACCAUCGCCACGCUCCCACAUCGAAGUAAAUCAAAGUUCUUCCGCUGCGAGAGAGUCUACAUCAACACCAUGCCGAGAGUCUCCGGGAGCUUACCCGAGAGCUUUUUCAGGAGCCUUCAAGGGGAGUACGCGGAGCCUUUCUUCUCGGCCUCCCGCGCCUAUUCUCCGAAGUCCCCGACGUCACCGAAGUCCCCGAAAACAGGACGCUCGAAAAAGCGGAAAGGAAAACACGAACUUGACGAGAUCGAGAUGAUAUGAAACAAUACCUACACGCACAUACACACGCACAGAAACACCUAUCCCCCCUCCCCCCACCACCACACACUCACACACACAGAGCUAUAUCGACUUCACAAAACAACAACAGAGAGAGAGAGAG